UAUUGAGUGUUAAAAUCGAAUGUUAAAACGUUUUUUUAGUUAAUCGAAUUUUUUACGAUUUCGAAUGAUUUUAUUUUUUUAACUUAUUAUUUAUAUAUAUAUAGAAAUAGAAUCGACAAAAAAAAUGUAUAGUUUAUAGAGUGCUCUAUAGUUAGAGUUAAAGUCGAAAAUUUUUUUUAUAUUUUAAUUAGUCCUAUAUAUUGAUAUAUAUAUAAAUGUUGUCUAUAAUGGCCGCGACUAAUACCAAGUAAUAACACAUCCACACAACACUAGUGUUGGAUUGUUGUUAUUACUUUGAGUUUAAAUUAGUUCGUGUAUUCAAUAGAUAAAUAUAGUGUUGUAUUGUCUAUUUGUGUCUCUAAGUCCCCCUCAAAUACAAACCAUUCACUUAAACUAAAAUAUCAUUACAUUAUAUAUAUUGUAUUCAAUGUAUUAUUAAUUGAAUAAAAAAAAUAAAAAAAUAAUAAUAAUAUGUCUAUAGUUUGUGCACUAAAACGAGUCAAAUGUUGUGAUCAGCAAAACGUCAAUCAGUUUAGUAUAAUAGUACUCAACCAGAGAGACACCAAUCAGUUAUACAUUGGCCGCGACAUUGAAUGCCAUUAUCGUAUAACCAGUAUUGAGAUCAGCCGUAAACACGCACUGAUCGAGCGGUCAACGGACAACACGUGGACAAUAUCCGAUCUCAAGAGUACUAACGGUCUGUUUGUAAACGCUGUCCAAUUGGUGUCGCAUAACCCGUACCGGUUGACCAAAGGCGAUCGGGUAUCGUUCGGACCGCCACAACAGUCACAGUUUUGUUAUCAAUUUGUUGAUAAUUUACAUCCCGAAAGGGCGCACUUGUCCGGCGCCACAGCUUUCGAAUUGGCUUCAGUUCCCGUUAUACCGAUUGUCACCCGUAUCCAGACAUUGACGGGCGGCAGUUCGUUGACGACCACCAAUACGUUGCGUUUCGAUAUCGACGCCAAUCAGAGCCGAACCAUUUCGUUGACCACAAGUAUGCCGACCACCCGAAGCGGCAUUAAGUAUAGCUUAUCGACUUCGAGUCCAACACCGAAAAUGUCACUCGUGACGUCAGCGGUCAGUAGUGGCUCGUUGGGUAUCAGUGGUGGACACAAGAGACGCGAAAUUGUUUCUCAUAGGUCAGUAACUCCGCCGACUGCGGCCACACCUAGAGGUAGAGGAGAGCGUCAGCAGCACAUUGAACACGACUACUCAAUGAGCGCCCAAUCGACGGAUCAUCGCAAUACUGGCCGCCAUAGUCGUCACCAUAGCGGCAGCGUUAUCAUAGGCAGUGGCCGCAAAUCGCGUAGCGGUGUCACUCAUUUGCGAUUCAAAGACAGCACUGGUGUCCACAACAAAAACAUCGGUACGACUAUUACUACCGGUAAUACUAAAGUGGCGAAAGUUAGUGAAGUCGAACGGAAACGAUUCGAUAAAGAGCUGAAACGUUUGGAAAAGUCAAAGAAAUCGCUGGAAGAGCGCAAAGAGUCGGAACUAAUGAAGAUUAAGUCGAAAGAAGAGUCGCUAAGGAAAAAGCAGAAAGAAUUGGAUCGCAAACAGCGUCUACUCGAACGUAAGGUACGGCUGGCCCGCGAAAAGGAUGCCGAAAUUAGACGCAUUAAAGCCGAACUCAAGAGCAAAGAGAAACAGUUGGCCGCUGUCGCCGCCAGCACCGCUUCCUCGACGGCCGAAAAGUCCAAAAGUCGACAGCACUCGACUGACAACAAUACAAAAUCGGCCAACACUCGGGUCAAUAAGCGUCAUCGUAGCGACGAUACCAGGAAACCAGUGAUGGAAGAAGAUAUUGUAGACAUUACUGACGAUUUGCCGCCGCCGUCGCCACCAAAAGUGGUUACCGCCGCUUCUGAUUGUCUGGUGAUGACCGCCGCCACUACCGUUGACGAUGACACCGGCUUCGAGAGUGAGAUAACGUGCAGUAUAUGUCACGAAUACUUUAUACAGGCUGUCAACUUGAACUGUUCGCAUACGUUUUGCUUGGCCUGUAUUGAAGAAUGGAAGACCACUGGUGGCCAACAAACUGGUGGAAGCGGCUCAGGACCCAUGUGUCCGAUAUGUCGGGACGAGAUUGUCAACCAGAAUCGCGAACUAGUAUUGGAUAAUUUGAUCGAUCGAUUUGUAGGCAAACGACGGCCAAAACUGGUCGAACAUCGCAAACGAUUGGCCGAAGAGCGUCGCAAACGAUUGGCAGAGAUGAAGUCGUCGUUACCGCCGCCGCCACAGCCAUCGUUGACCAGUGGUAGCCAACACCACGCGACCAACAAUAAUAGGGCGAUACCCAGAUUAGGUUUAAGUGGUUUAGGAGCGUCGGUACAUCUGUUUUUGCGCAACCAUUUUGGCAGCGGAUCCGACGAUUCGGACUCCGAUAUGAAUAUCAUUGACUUGAACUUUACCAAUGACUUUGUCAACUCUAGCAGCAGUAGUAGUAGCAGCAGUGGUAGUAGUGAUGAAGAUUCGUCGUCGUCGUCAUCAUCGGCGGAGUCGACAUCGUUGGCCGAUUUGACGUUCAACAGCGGUGUCCGUCGUAACGACAUCGGAUACAACGACUCUAGCGAUAGUGAUGACGAUGAUAACGAUGCGGCCUCACUGUCCGAUCUGCAUAUAGCCACCGAUAGUGACUCUUCGCUGUCUACGUUGUCGAGCCUGAGCUCUGGCGACAGCAGCGAUGAUGACAGUAGUAGUAGUGAUUCAGACUCGUCUGAUGAUUCAUCAGAUGAUGAUAACGACUCUGAUAAUGAUAAUAAUAAUGAUAACAAUUCUAGUGAUGAUAAUGAAGAAGACAUGAACAGCGAUAGCGAUGACAACAAUGGUAACAGUAGUGAUGGUGAGGAUGAGGAGGACGACGAUAUGUAAGAGACAUGCAAUACAUACACAGGUUUUGAUUUACUGUUAGAAACAAACAAACAAAAAAUUUUAUUGAAAAUAUUAAGAGCGAAAAAAAUUCAAUUAUUUAAUUAAUUAAUAAAUCUUUUUUAUAUAUAUAUUAAUACAAGAAUAUUA